AUGGAUAUUAUUAAUAUUAUCGAAACAGAACCCAUAUCACGUGAACAAUAUUCCAAUGAAUUUAGUGAUAUUGAAAUUGCUCCUACUUCAAAGUCUCAAAAUGACGAAAAUAGAAUGGAAAAUGUAUCCGACAAACCUAAACCACUCACUUUGCCAAUAUUUACAAAUAUAAGAAAUAGUUUAACCUUUGCGAAGAAAAAAUAUGGAAAACCACGUUCGUCAAGCCGACCUCGUUCUUCUAGUGGAUAUAGUGCGGAUUCGGGGGGUAGUGAAUCAUCUAAGAGAAUUAAUCAUAUUACAAUUGACAAUGAUAUUGAUGAUGGAAAGAAUCCGUCAUCUACAUUUUCAUCUGGUAUAGGUGGCCGAAAUUUGUUUGAUGAAUUUAAAUCUAUUGACAUUUCUGACAGUGAAGAAACGUCAACAUCACAAAAGAAAAAAUAUACUCGAGGAGAUGAGUCAGAUAAACUUUACAACUUUACUUUUGAUGAGGAAACCUCUAAAAAUGAUACAGUUGAAAUAUCAAUCGAUUCGCGACGUAACGAACUGCAUGAUUUUGACAUGUCUGAUAACGACGACGACGCAAAUCAACGUUCCCGUAAAAAAUCAACAAUAAUUGUCUCUGAUGAAUCUGAUGGUGGAUUCGAAACUGAUUUUUUUGAUGAUGAGAACAGCACAAAGAAAGAUUUAUUCAUUAAACCGGAUGGUCAAUUAUCGGAUGACGAACGGGAAUCGAAUUUAAACGAUGUAUAUUCUAACCGCUCAAAAGCCCCAAAGAAAUUUUCCAAGAAAUCUAAAUUAAAUUCGUUAAGUUACCUUUCCGACGCGUCCGAGGAGUCCGAAGAUGAAGACUAUUGCCCAAUAAUGUCUAUAAAUAAUGAAGAUAAACAAAAAGAAAAUUCAAAAAAAAAGGAAUCAUUCUAUCUCGACACCGAUGAAGAUGAGCCUAGCGAGAAAGAAAAAAAGUCGAAAUAUGAUGGUAUGAAACGUAACCUUGAAGAUAAUUCGCCAAGAUUACUUUCUGCCAAAAAACCUUUAGGCUCGAAUAUAGACGAGCCGAAUACGGAGAAUCCGAUGAAUAUUGGCGGUGCUUUUGAUGAAUCUAUUUUAGAUGAUGACUUAAGUUUAGAUGAUUAUAUUGCUGUAGAUAAGCCAACAUAUUCAUCAAAAAAGAAGCAGAGUCAAAGACAGAUAAUAAUUCACGAAGAAUCGAGCAGAUCCUCGCCAAUGAAAAAUGGUCGUCGAUAUUUAGCUAUAAAUUGGCUUGGUAGCAUUCAUGCGGUAGAUAAUACUACUUAUCAUUCAAUAACUGUCGAAUAUAAUAACAAAACACUUUACAAAGGAUACACCUUUCGCGAUGAAGUUGGCUAUACUAUGGCUUGCCUCGGCACACAGGGAGUGCUCUUUGCCGUAGAAUCUGACUCAGAGAAUCCAAGUGUUUUAUAUUAUAAACCAAAUCAAAGCUGGUCCCAAAAGAGUGAUUGGAUGACAACACUUCAUCAUGGUGAAGAUAUUACAGCUAUUGCUUUAAGUGAACAAGCAGUUGUCGUAGCAACAUCUAAAAAUUAUUUGAGAUUCUUCUCUCCUUUUGGUUUUCAAAAUUACAUAUUCUCUUUUCCCUCUAUCGUCUGCAUGGCUGCAUAUAAUAAUCUUCUUUUGAUCGCUCAUCAUUUAAGUGUUGCUUAUAAAGGUUCACAAAAUCUUGGAUACGUUUUGUAUGAUAUGCAUGAACGCGGUGAUGUACAAAAGGAUGUUUUACCGAUAUCUAAAGAAUCUACCUUGAGAUGGUUGGGCUUUUCGGAAGAAGGGAUGCCAGUAAUGUUUGACUCUAAAGGUAUCCUUUUUGUCCUUCACGAUCAUCGAAUAUACAAACAAGCAAGAUGGGUGCCUAUAUUAGAUACUGCCAACAUCGUAAAUGAUCCUACUAAGCCUGAUAUAGACAAAUCAAAGAAGAGUUCGGAUUACGGUGAAGACGUGCCCCGUUAUCCUCGACCUACAUACGACGAAGUUAAUUGGCAAAUGCCACUCUUACAUCUUGAUAAAGUGAGUGGACGUUGUGAAGAAAGAUGGAUACGCGAGUCUAUCCUAUCGAGCUUUGAAUACCAAGAAGCCAAUGCAAAGGAUGAAUUGAGUGUCGUUAAAAUUACGGAACUAAGGAAGAAAGAAAGAGAUACUAAAAAGAUCAUAAUCGAAUUAAUCCAGGCUACUGUUACUGAAGAAAGAUAUGAACGUGCUUUGGAAUUAGCGAAGUUGCUAGAUUCAAGAAAGUUUUUGGAAUCUGCAUUACAAAUUGCAAUCUUUUAUAAUGUUACAAGUUUAGCUGAAAAAAUCCAUCAACUGCAAUCAGUAAGUUGA